AGACUGGCUGAGCACUUAUUCUCCAUGCCUCUGCUGUGUGUGCUCUUGGGGCUUCUGUGUUCGUGUUUCCUCAGCCAGGGAUCUAGCCACAUGUCUGAGAGACUCAGAGAACGGAGCACAGAGUUUUCAGUCAGGCUCUACCAGACAUUAUUGGAGAGAGAGAACAGGACCAAUUUAGUAGUCUCUCCAAGCAGCGUAGCCAGCUCUCUGGGGCUGAUGCAGUUCGGAGCUCGAGGACGUACCUUCACUCAGAUAGAGAAUGCCCUGGGAUACAAUGUGUAUGAUGAAACUGUGCAAAACUUUAUGAAAGCCAUGCACAGGGAUCUUACCAACUCCAGCCAAGAGACCACCGUCCACUUGGCGUGUGCCUUAUUUAUCCAGGCAGGGACGCCCCUCUCAGCCAAGUUUACAGACUAUGCUGCACUAUGGGCUAACAGCAGCCUUCAGCUGGCAAACUUCACGGAGUACAACAGGACAGCUACUCAGAUAAAUCAGUGGGUGACCAAGAACACAGGAGGUGGGAUACAGACUCUGGUGCCUUGUGGCUUUUUUAGACCAGGAUUCACACAGAUUGCACUUGUGAGCACAAUGUACUUCAAAAGCAGAUGGAAAACCAAAUUCUCUUUCACUGACACUCAGACUCUGCCUUUCAUUAGCAUGGAUGGAUCAGUGGUUAAAGUUCCCAUGAUGCACCAAACUGCGGAUGUAAACUACGGGCAGUUUGAAACCACUUUCCAUGAGAAGUUUACAGUGGUUGAGCUGCCGUAUCUUGGGAACACAGUCAGUAUGUUUGUGGUACGUUCCACAGACAGGAACACGCCAUUGUCCUCCAUUGAAUCAAACCUAUCAUCAAAGAGUAUUUCACUGUGGACCUGCUCUAUGAAAAGGAUCAAAAUGGACAUUUUCUUGCCCAGGUUCAAAUUGCAAAGCUACAGUGAUUUAAGGAUGGUACUACCAGACCUGGGAGUAUCAGACAUAUUUGAUCCAAUGAAGGCAAAUUUUAAAGGGAUAGCAGAGCAAAACAGCUUGUACAUCUCACAAGCCAUUCAUAAGGCAGAGAUUGAAGUGUCGGAAGGAGGUACAAGAGCCUCAGGAGUCACAGCUAUGGUGUUGAUGAAAAGAUCCCGCAAGCCUGUAUUUAAAGCAGACCGGCCAUUUCUAUUUUUCUUACGACAAGCUAGCACAGACUCUGUGCUGUUUAUUGGAAGAGUCACCAACCCCUUGCUCUGAGCAAACAUCCCAAGAUGACAACUUUGCUAUAUUUAUUGUUCAUGGAUUCCUACUUUGAAAACCAGGAUGUUUUAUAGAUAUACUUGUUAAUAAAGCAUUGAUAUUUUUUACA